AUAUUUGUGCGCACUAACAGUUGUUCGCAUUGCAAUCUGUGCGCGCUAACAGUUGUGCGCAAAAUUUAGUCGUUUAGUGACGUAGGCGCUCUAUCUGCGCUCUAACGGAAUGUUAUUAUUAAAACUAUGCGACUCUUUAAUUUAUCACAAUGGCAUUGGCAACAAAAAAUAUUUAUAGAGGCAAAACAAUUUUAACAAUAUCGGUUUAGAGGUUAAGUUUAAGUUACAAAUUUAUAAUAUUAAAUUAUUACCGUGUUGCAAUUAAAUUGCAUUUACUGCAGAUUUACUUUAGGAAUGUAAAUAACAAUUUCUCAAGUAGAAAAGUGUUAAGCUGAAAUGGUACAAUCUUGUAUCACUAAAAUACUAGAUAAUGGUUGAGUUCAAAGCCACUAAUCGGUGAGUCAACGAUGAAAUCGGUGAGUGAACGUGGCUCUGAACGAAGCACUGAUCGUUCUAACUCAUCAGGAAAAAAAAAUUACGUCACAUCAGGUUCGUUCACUGAUCUGUUCAUCGCUUUUUUCCACCGAUUACUUUUCUGUUCUUUCUGAACGUAAACAAACAUCAUGGAUGAAUUUGAAGUUCUUUAUGAAUCGAAUGGACUCUAUUACAAUGUUAUUGGAACCAGAGAAUUACAUGAUUACUUAAAGUCAAGUCCUGAGAAUGCAAAAGCAUUUUUUAAGGAAAAUGUUGGAAACCUGGAGGUGCAGGGUGUUGCUGGGUCCACGGGUGGUGUUGAAGAUUCGAGCAAAGGUUCUCCAGAAUUCAGAUGGACGCAUGAAAAGAUUACCCUGCUCCUAGCAGGGUAUAAGAGAAGAAAAGCGCAGUUUCGCGAUCCGAAACAGAAGAAAAAUAACCUUUGGAGGGUCAUUGCCGGAGAAUUCCAUGCUCUUGGGCACACUUCGGUGACCCAUGACAUGGUCGACAACAAAUUUCGGAAUUUGAAAAGAACUUUUACACAGAUAAUGGACAAUCAAAACAAGACAGGACGAGGUGCGAUUAAGUGGGAAUUUUUUGACAUGUUUCUAGAAAUUUUUCACGAGGACAAGUCUGUCAACCUGGAUAGGUCUUUAAUAAUUUCCUCAUCACCCUUUCUAUCUUCCCCUCAUGCUGCAUCCAUAGACCGACAGACUCACCCAACUACAUCAUCAUCAUCUAAAACAUUCACAGUCCUUACACCAUCAACCCCAGCAAUUCAGUCGUAGUUCGGACGCCGAACUGUUAGUGCUGUGUUUCUGUGCUCUGCUAUCUAUCUGUGCUGAGAUAAAAGUUACCAGUGAAUCCUGCAUCGACUAGUGAAUAUUUCUGCUAAAAGUAAGGUUAUUUUUCUGCUUUAAAACUGCACCACAACAAUUUCUAGUUCAAUUUUAUUUUUAUAUUUUCUAUUACGGUACUGAUUUACUUCCCACCUAUUCUUAAUCAUUCAUCUGAAUCCUUUUUUUCCUUGCGUAAAAAUUUCAGGGGCCUCCAUUUCCUAAGCCGUCACGUUAGCCCUCUUGACGCAUUUUCACCCUUUUCACAACAAUUCCUAUGUAUAUUGUACUAUAUAAUUUGGAAUAGAAUUUCUACAGUAUAGCAAUGACAUAGUCUUGCUUCCGAAUUAUGAACACUCAUUUAUAAUUUAACUAUGCUACGUACAUGAUUUUAUCACGUUAUGCAAAGAUGCGACUGUAAUUGCAAUAAGGAAAUCAGUUCAAAAACUUUAUUGGUUUGCUCUGAGUGUAAGCUGCAUUUUCACUUCUUAUGCGCUAAUUUUACAGAAAGUAAUUAUAAAAAAUUAUCUAAAGAAUCCGCCCGCAGGUGGCGAUGCAGUGAAUGUAAGAGUUCGAAUAAAGAUAAGUUAAUUAACAUGUCUAAAACUCAGACGAUAGGAAACAGUGACUUGAUCGCUGAACUGAAAAGGGAAAUUAGAAAUACCAUAGCACAAGAAAUGAAAGAGAUCACAAACGAAAUGAAAAAGACCAAUGAAAAUGUUUCUGAACUGAAAAAGUCUGUGGAAUUUUUCUCUGCAAAAAUUGAUGAAUAUAAUAAAGAGAUAGGGGAAUAUAAAAGCGAUCAUUCCACCCUAAAAAAAGAGAACGAAAUAUUGAAAACAAAACUUUCUGAGAUGGAAAAGGAAUUAACAGAACUGCAGCAGUAUGGAAGACUGAAAAAUUUAGAGAUUCAUGGAAUACCAGUAACUAAAAAUGAGAAUAUCGAAGAAAUAAUCGGAAAAACAGCAAAGGUCCUGAACAUAGGUAAUAAUGAUGAGAGGCUGGGAAUUGAAGCCGCGCAUAGACUUCCAACGAGAGAUAAGAAGAAAAUCCCUCCUAUUAUUGUUGCAUUCUCGUCAAGGAAGACCAGGGAUAAUUGGAUUAUGAACUAUAAGGCAUAUCAAAAGGAAAUGAGACAAAAUGACCCCCAUGUCUUCAAGGGACUACGCACCACACACAUAAAUAAAAAUCUUGAAGAUGGACCUGUUUACAUAAAUGAAAAUUUGACACCUCGAUUAAGACAACUAUUCAAUGAAACAAGACUGGCAGCAAAGAAGAACAACUUCAAAUUCACCUGGAUAAAGACUGGAAAAAUUUUCGUCAAGAAAAAUGAAGCUUCUCGGACUAUUCGUAUACACAACAUCCAGUCACUGAAGGAGUUAUCAACCGAUAACACAGAGGAAACAACAGCUGACGACAAGGAGGCGAGUGGAUAAAAAACCGGAUAAAAUGGUAUCUAUUAUCGAUCUAAUAAUCUACAAUGAACAGUUUACUGGAAUUGCAUUCUCUUCUAGAAAAUGAUAACGAACUUUCAAAUGUAAUUGAUGAUUAUUUUAACUAUACACCUGAAGGAUAUGGGGUUAAUACAAAAUACUUUAAUAUUUAUGUCAUGAACAUACGAAGUUUGAGUAAAAACUUUGACAGCUUUGUAUAUUGUCUGGAAAAUUUCAAAUUAAUAUAUGAUAUAAUAGUACUAACCGAAACAUGGCUUGAAAAGUAUGAACCCACUCUAUUCAAUCUAGAUGGUUAUCGAGUUGUAAACAAAAACGCUAAAUAUAAUAAAUGUGACGGUAUAAUAGUUUAUAUAAGAGAAGAUCUAUCUUUCACGAAUAUAGAUUGUGAUAUCUGUGAAGCAAAUGCAAUCAAUAUAAUUGUGAACACCGGGCUAGAUAACUAUAUAAACUUUGUUGCUAUCUAUAGGUCUCCAAAUAGGAAUGCGAUAAGAUUCAUUGAAAGUAUUGAUGAUUACAUCCAGAGAAUGCCACAAAAUCAUAACAUCUGUAUAGCAGGAGACAUUAACUUAAACUUGUUUUCUAACGAUAAUAUUGUAACUUCAUAUAUUAAUACUCUAAAUGGAAAUGGCUUUAGAUCUUGUAUAAAUGGUAGCACUAGAGUUACAAAUCGAACAGAGUCGUCUAUAGACCACAUAUUUCUUAAAACAACUGAUAAUGUAUUUGACAGUGCGGUAGGAAACAUAUUUAAAACAACUAUUACUGAUCACUACUCAGUGACUUUACAUUUGGGAUUGAGUAAUUUUAAACAAGAUAAAAAAAUCAACUAUAUAAGCAAUAAGAAAAUAAUUAACUAUACAAAAUUAAAGGAUUUAUUGAGUAAUAAAAAAUGGGAUAGUAUUUAUGAAAAUCAAUCCAAUGACGUUAACGCUUUGCUAAAAAUAUUCUGUUCGGUUUUGACUAAGUGUAUUGAAAAUUCUAGUCAGGAAAUAAAAAUAUCACACAGAUAUAAGCCUUUGAAGCCAUGGAUUACUUCUGGACUAAUAAAAUCAAUAAGAACUAAAGAUAAAUUAUAUAAGAGAUCAAUAAAAGAACCUUUCAACACAAAACUGAAACAUGAUCUUAAAGCAUAUAAAAAUGUAUUAAAUAGAUUAAUUGAUGAAACAAAAACAAACUAUUAUCGAUCAAAAAUAGAUGAAUGCAGGAGUGAUAAACGUAAACUAUGGAAUUACAUAAAUGAAAUCAUUGAUGAUACAAAAAAUAAACAUGAUGAACCAGAAAUAGAUUCAGCUGAAUUAAAUAGAUAUUUUUCGCAAGUUGGUAAAAACUUGGCUGCUCAAAUUGAACAAAAUACCACCACAUCAGAUUUCCCAUAUAAGAGAACCAAUGAAUUGAAUGCAUCUUUUUUUCUCAGUCCCGUAAAUCCACCGGAGGUGAUAGAAACUAUAAAAACUCUAAAAAAUAACUCUUGUCCAGGUCCUGAUAAUAUUAAUAAUAGAGCUCUAAAGCAGAUAGCAGAUCUAAUAGCUGAACCCCUCUCUUACAUUGUAAAUAAAUGUUUUGAAACAGCUGUAUUUCCUGAUUCAUUCAAAAUAGCAAACAUUAAACCGAUUCUUAAAAAAGGUGAUAAAAAUAAUCCAGGUAACUAUAGACCAAUAAGCUUAAUUAGCAACCUUGCCAAAAUAUUUGAAAAAUUAUUUAAAAAACGAAUAAUGAAGUUCAUACAAAAAAAUAACAUUAUUAAUGAAAACCAAUAUGGUUUCCAACCUAAUAAAAGUACUGAGGAUGCGCUAGUGUAUUUUGUAAACAAUGUAACAGAUAUGUUAAAUUCCAAGAAAAAACCACUUGCAGUCUUCAUGGAUUUAUCUAAGGCUUUCGAUACCAUACCACAUGAUAAAAUUUGCAACAAAUUGGAGAAGUAUGGUUUCAGAGGUCAUUCAUUAAAGUUUAUAAGAAGUUACUUGGAAGAUAGAUUCCAAAUUUUAACAAUAAAUAACAAUAAAAGUAUAGAGAAACUGUCAUCUUACGGCCUGCCCCAGGGAACUGUUCUUUCACCAAUAUUUUUCAUUCUUUAUGUAAAUGAUUUGCUGAAUAUUAAGCUAAAGAAUGGGAGAAUUUCAUCUUUUGCUGAUGAUUCAGUGAUUAUAUUUUCAGAAAAUAAUUGGAAUGAUACUUUCAUUGUUGCAGAGCAAGAUAUGAAAAUUGUGAAGAACUGGAUGGACUCUAAUGCUUUGAGUUUAAAUGUAGAAAAAACCAAUUACAUAGCUUUUUCAGCAAAUAGAGAGGGUAAACCUAACAAUCAAUAUAAGUUAAAAAUCCAUUCAAACUGUUCUUCAAUAAAUCAACCAAACAUUAAUAGAUGUUCCUGCCCUGUUAUUAAUAGGAAAUCAAACCUCAAAUAUCUUGGUAUAUGGAUCGAUGAGUGUCUCAAAUGGGACAUCCAUGUUAACUUCCUAUGUAAGAGACUAAAAUACCUAUCUUAUAAAUU